AUGAGUGAGAACUCUAAUACGGGAAACAGAUCUAGUGAUGGCAGGCGUGGCCGCCGAGGUCAAUCCUCCGGUCGUGGUAGAAUGGCAAAUAGCGGAGAUAGAAAAAAGCCAUCGUCCAGAAAUGGAAAUUAUAAAAGACUGGGUCAAAACACUGAUGAUCAGGGAUCUGGUAGCGGCUGGAAGAGAACUUUUGCAAACCCUGAAGAUGGCAAUGAAGAAGAAGAUGAUGAUGAUGAUUCCAUGGAACGAUGUAUUAUUUGUGAUUCCAAGAUUGUUCUUGCUGCGGUUCUGGACUGUCAGCAUACCACUUGCCAUGUCUGUACCCUUCGUCAUAGAGCAUUAUUCAAAAAGACAUCAUGUAUUGUUUGCCGUUCUGAAAGUACUCAAAAUUGCAUAGUGACGGAAAUAUUAGAUAAAAAUUAUGACGAGCUCUGUGGCUUGAAAAAUUUUGGAGAGUCAAAGACUUACAAACUUUCUUUUACCUCAAAAGAAGCAGAAGAGUCUACUCUUGGCUUGCGUGCUAACAAGUGUGUCGUUGAUGGUUGUGGUGAGGAAUUUCGCACAUUUAAAAAAUUAGCAGAUCAUGCCCGUAGUGCUCAUGACCGUCUCUAUUGCUUUAUCUGUGCUCUUUUCAAACAUGCUUUCCCUUGCGAAUUGCCAUUGUAUACCCAAUCUCAACUUCGACGUCAUCAGCGCGAUGGUGAUAAACGUGAUGGGUUUAAAGGGCAUCCAAAAUGUCAAUUUUGUACUAAUGAAAUGUUUUAUUCUGAUGAUGAAUUGAAUGUUCAUUUGAGAGAAAAACAUGAGAGAUGUCACGUUUGUGAUAAGAUUGACUCUGCUAAUCCUCAGUUCUUUAAAGAUUAUGAUGAUUUAUCUUUCCAUUUCAAUAGCGACCAUUACGUGUGUCCUGUUCAGGCGUGUCUUGAUAAGAAAUUUGUUGCAUUCGCGGAUGACAUUUCCUUAAAAGCCCAUAUGAUUAGUGAGCACCCAAAAAUUGUUGGUAAUGAUCGUACCCUACUCGGCAGCAGUGGGCCACUUCGUCCAAACGGAGGUAACAAUAGAAGAUAUCAGUCAUCAUUAUCAACUUUCCAAAAUGAAGGUGCUCCAAAGGGUGAUUCUGUGGAAACUAAGAAGUUACGUAUGGAAGAGAGAGCCCGUCACUAUUUAGUAUAUUCACAAGAAAAUUUUGAUAGAUUUCUUUGGCUUAACAAGGACUAUAAAAAUGGAAAGUUGACUUGCGCUGAAUUCUGGCAGGCUUAUAUCGAUCUUUUUUCAGAACAAUCCACCAGCGAAUUAGCGCUUCUUGUUCAUGAAUUUGUCGAGUUAUUACCAAAUGGCAAUCCUAAGUCAGAAUUACAAUCUUACAGCCAUACUAUUCUCCGUGAAGAAACUAAUAAGGAACUUUUCCCUGUACUUGGUGGAGGUAAUGGUCAUACUGAUGAAAGGGCAAUUUGGACAGCUAACCCUAAAAACCGAGUUGGAGGAGGGGUAGGUAGUAGUGCUCAAAGAUUUGGGAGAAGAAAUGUCUCAUCAACCGAGGAAUUUCCUGCGUUGCUGGCACCAACUAACAAGGCACCAGUCCUUAAUCAAAAUGUUAGAUAUAAAACUUUGACCCGCACAAAAAAAAAGACCGAAACACUUAGUGCUAGGGAAUUUGCCAGCUUACGAUUGAGUGAUAGUAGUGCAUCAUGGGCUGGUGGUAGCGGUAGUGCUAGCUCCAAAAAUAAAGGAAAGAAAGCGGUCAAUGAAGAAGAAUUCCCAAGUUUGAUGGCUCCAGCAGGUAAGGCACCAAAGAUCAAUCGUCAAGUCAAGUACACUACAAUGACCACUACAAAGAAGAAUGGUAAAACCAGUAUUCGUACCAGCAAUAGCUCCCAAGUUCCAGGGAGUAGUGGUGUUAGGAUUACUAUUGCUAGACGUCCAACAAAAGAUGGUGGAUUGAGUAUCACCAAUCACAACAACCAAGAGACGUCUGUUGAAAAUGGUACUUGGGGAGAACGGUCAACGCCUGAGCCACAAUUAACUUCAGACACCAGUGAUUCUGUGAGCAGUGGUAGCAGCACAAAAAAGAAGAAACAAAAACAAUUAUUAUUCCGUGUUGGUAUUUAG